GUUCAAUUUGACAAGUGUCGACGUGGAGCGGAAUGGCGACUAUUCUGACGAAGCGUCUGAAUAAGGAGCUGAGGGAGAUGCAGACCCAUGGGUUGCCUACAGGCAUCACAAUUGUCCGCGCGGAUGACCUCAGCGAGUGGCUGCUCUCCGUCGAGGUGCUUGGCAACACUCUUUACGAAGGGGAGAAGUUCUGUCUACGCUUCGAAUUCCCACACAACUACCCGAUCGACAGCCCCGCAGUCACCUUUGUGGCAGAUGACAAGUGGACAGCACCGGUACAUCCACAUGUGUAUAGUAAUGGGCAUAUCUGUGCAUCGAUAUUAGGACCCGAAUGGUCUCCUGUUCUGUCUGUAGUCUCCGUCUGUCUCACACUCCAGUCCAUGCUCGCCUCCUGCACAAGCAAGCAACGACCUCCGGAUAAUGACAAAUAUGUUUCCCAUGCACCUCGAAAUCCUAAGAACACGAGGUUCCAUUACGAUGACGAUACCGUAUGAGUCAAGAUACCCCAAGGAUGUAAUCAUGAUUGUAAGGAUGUGCAAUGGGUGCUGUGCGAAUAGAAACUGUGCGGGACAUGUCCGAAUAUGUAUUGAUUGUGGAUUGAUCUGGUGUUGCAACAUUGAAAUGAUC